GUGUAUAUGUCAAACGGUGCAUGUAAGCAGCGCGCAACAAUUGUGUGGUAAUAAUUGUGCAGUCCGCGAAGUUUUAGCUCGGUUAUUGUAUUGAUUGGCGGGAGUGCGUGAAUAACGUGCCGCGUUUGUUCCAUCGAUUAUUUUGUGCCUGUCCAGCCUAGUCAAUGAUAGUCGAACGCGCGGAGAGUCCGCUGUAGUCAAACACACCUUUAACACCGUUCUCGUGUUUCGCGUCGAAAAAAAAAAAAUCUAUUUGUUAUAUUAUAUUUGAGAAACAAUAAUAAGAACAUUGUUGAGAGUUCAGACUCGGUUGCUAAAUAGAAAAACAAAUUCGCAUGUGACUCAUCGAAUUUUUUGUGCGACGUUUGAUCAUCGGGGUAAGGAAAAUUAGAAAUAAGAGUUGAACACAAGAGAUCAACUUGUGCGUUCCCCCUGAGAAUUAUUUGUUCUUUUUCUUUUUUUUGUUUUUAGACAAUUCACACGAUGUUUCCUCCCGUCCAUCGAUCCGUUUUCAUAUAUUCGCUACAUUGUUGAGCGCACUUGGACAUUUUGUUGCGAAACAUGACCGGUUUACCGAUAUAUGGAAUAAUAAAUUGUUAACGAUCUUAUGUGCAACGGCGCACGUACACGUACAUACGCGCGCGCACACACACAGCGAGUACACAAAUGACACAUAUAUAGACAUGGCACAAUUGUAUUACGAGUGCAACUUUGAAAUCAGAAACGACAACAAUAGCAACGCGAUCAAACCGUACAUCUGCACCCCCGAAUAUUGUUUGUAUUGCUGUUGCGACUCACACUGUUGCUUCGUGGUGCAACGGCGACCAUCACGUCAUAUCUGGGAGAUCUGGUACUUCUGGCUGGGCGUAGCUUUGCUCGCUGUCUUCGUCAUUUCUUCGCACCUAUCGUUGCGUAACAAAGCGCCACUUUGUCGGCGCGCGUUUGCGAGACCGAUUGUAAGACGCGUGACGUUCCGGUGCAUGUAUUUCAUCACUUCAGGGCUUCUCUACACACUUAUGACACCGCGCACAACAGCAUUGCAAUACAUUUGAGAAUAUUUUAUUUUUCCAUUUAAUUGAAAACAACAUUAUCAAAGACGUUGUUGUUUAGUAGUGUGUACGCGUGUGUGCGUGUUAAAGAAAAAAGUUUACACAUCUGUCGUGUAAAAACAAUUGUUAGAUAAUUGAUUUGUAAUUGUUCAAUAAAAUGAUACUUAAUUGCGAAUAGCUCACACACCUCCGAAUGUGUUUCACAGGCCGAAUUUCUCGAUUCUUCUCGAACCUCACCGAAAAAAUGGUAUUCUUGUUUUUUGAGGAGAGAGAUAUCCCACUUACUUUAAGUAUAUUUUAUACUAAAAUAGGC